CAUGUGCUGUAGCUGUACAGUUCCCCGCCUCCCUUCACUGCAGUGCACAGAGGAGAAUGAACAGCCUGGAUCCGGCAGUGAUAACCCUUUCUCCGCUGUCAGUAGAGGAUGUUGAAGAGGGAGCUACAGAACCUAGGCACUGGCUGUGACUGCUGACUGACCUGCUCUAAACGUGGAAUCUCCUUGUUUACCUCAGUCACUAGGAUACAAGAUGUCAUAUUUUGGGGACCAUUUUUGGGGUGAUAAGAACGCUGGGUUUGCUGUCUUGUACCACAACAUGAAACAUGGGCAGCUGUCAGUCAAAGAAUUGGCAGACUUUGUGCGAGAAAGGGCUGCUGUGGAGGAAGCUUACACAAAGUCUAUGCAAAAAUUGUCCAAAAUGGUCAGCAGUGGAAGCCACCUGGGUACCUUUGCCCCAAUGUGGGAGAUGUUUCGGGUGUCUUCAGACAAGCUGGCUCUCUGUCAUCUAGAACUAAGCAAGAAGUUGCAUGACUUAAUAAAGGAGAUCAAUCGAUACGGGGAAGAGCAGGUCAAGGUGCAUAAAAAGGCCAAAGAGGAGAUGUCUGGCACCUUGGAGGUCAUACAGCUUUUGCAGUGUAGUUCACAGCUCCUUCAAAAAUCCCGGGACAACUACUGCAGCAGAUUUGCUGAACAGGAACGUUUGCGUAGGGAGGGUUCCCCACAAAAAGAGAUGGACAAGGCAGAGCUGAAGACCAGAAAAGCAGCAGAGUCUCUGCGAGGCUCAGUGGAAAAAUACAAUGCUGUUCGUAAGGAGUUUGAGGAGAAGAUGCUGCAGUCUGCACAGUUAUUUCAAGAUACAGAGGCAGCUCAUCUUAAACAAAUGAGGAGGCUUGUUACAGCAUAUUCACAUUCUGUGGAGGAUACUCAUGUACAGAUUGGACAGGUCCAAGAAGAGUUUAAGCACAACAUGGAAAAUGUAGCCAUAGACAAGCUGAUCAGGAAGUUUGCAGAAAGCAAUGGAACAGGCACAGAGCGCCCUGAGGCUGUGGAGUUUGAAGGCUUCCGUUUUCCUGCAUCAUUAGAAGGUGUAAAGCGCACAUGGUCCAAACCAUUCCGUAUCCGUGGUUUGAGCAAAAGGGAGAAGGACAAUCAUCCUGUAGAGCCUAAUGAGCCAGACUGUGUGGUAAGAAAAGACCUUCCAGAUGUUGACGAGGAAGGUUUUACAAUUCGUCCUGAUGAAAACAUAACCAUAGCACCUGCAACUACUUGCUGCUCUUCAAGUGACUCUGAUUUUGAUGAUGAUGAUGAAGAACCACGACGUUUCCAUAUUCAGAUAAAACCUGCACAGACUGGGGAGAGAUUGGAAGAUGAAGAAACUGAACUCAAAAGGUUUCGGGAGACUGUGGGCUGUAUGAUUCAGCCUCCUGCAGCAGUGGUAUCUGUAAGGCGUCAGACAAUGCGCACUGCAGUGGGCACAGGUUCUGUUUCAGGAGAAACACAAAUAACAUGUCAGACAGAUAAAUCAGCUGUCACUCUUUCAAGCACGCCUCCAUCCACUGUCAACAACAGUGAUACAAACUCGAUGUGCCGCACUUACCCUGCUCAUUCCUUAUUUGGGCCUCUCCAGGAAUCUGUUUUUGAGGCUGAUGAUUUUCCAGGUUGCAGGACAUGUACUCUCAACUCUACUCCAUCUCCAUUCUCUUCCUCUUCCCCUGAAAAUGUUGAAGACUCUGGUUUGGAUUCUCCCUUCCAUCCAUUUUCUGGGCCUUCUCCAGACUCUAGGCCAUGGACACCACGAGAUGACUCUUCUACCACUGACUCUUGUUUAGUGACCUCCUUUGCUGACUUGCAAAUAGAUUUAUCAGCAAAUUCCAACGAAUUGCGUCCAAGUAAAGGAAGAGACACCUGGGAACAAAAAGUGACAGCACCCAGCCCUUCAGUAUUUAGUUGCACAAAGAUUGGAGUGACAGAGCUGUUUUCUACCAGUCAAGACUCUUGGGACACCUCUUCAGAAUCUCAUACCAAUCUGACUACCCGUACCCAAGCCCCAUGUACAGCCCCUCGUACACAGAGAGGCAGUAAUCUGACAGCACCUAUCAAUCCCUCCCUGUUGACUCCUGGUUCUGUAUCUUCUACAUAUAGUGAUCGAGGUUUAUUCUCCCCUCCAUCAUUAAAUGCUUGGUUAUCUCGUGGACCUAGUCCUGUUAUAUUGGGGUCUCAGGAGUCUCUACCCGUAGCUGCUGCCUUUACAGAAUAUGUGCAUGCUGUCUUUGAAGAUGGUGAAUUGGAAGGGUCAGGCCUGCGCAUCUCAGGGGAACUUACAAUGUCCUUUCCAGGAGGUAUACUUCGCGUAUUUGGAGGAUCUACUCCUCCUCCUGUUUUAAGUUUUCGCUUAGUCCACACCUCAGAUGUUGAACAUUUCAUUCCUAAUUCUGAUCUUUUGUAUAGUGACUUAUCUCAGAGUGACCACAGCUGCAAGGACUUCUGGUUAAACAUGCCAAGGCUAACAUGCCACUUACAGAAUCUGGCGGAACAGCAUAUUGCUCCCUACUACAAUGUCGUUCUGCUUAAAUACCAGGUAUUUAAACCUGGCAUAUCUGCUGUCCCCUUGCAUCUUGCAUCAUCUUGGAACUGUAGUCCCACCUCCACAGAGUUUAGCCUGGAGUACAUACAGAACACAACUUCUUUGUCUGAUAUUCACAUACUGCUUCCACUGGAUGAAACUAUAUCUAACCUGCAGUUUGAUCCUCCAGCCAGAUGUUCUGAGAGAAGAUUGCUGUGGCAGAUCCCUAGUACAUCAUCUGGUGGAGGAAGGCUAUAUGCCCGCUGGCAGCCACUUCGUGGUUGUAGUACUCCCACUCCAUCUGCAGCACAGUUUACAUGUGAAGGUCGUACUUUAACUGGGGUGGACAUAGAGCUGGUGGGCUCUGGAUAUAGGAUGUCGCUGGUCAAGAAAAGGUUUGCAGCAGGUAAAUACCUUGUUUGCUGAGAACAGGUGUCCAUACUUUGCACCACUUCUUUUGUGUUGCUCUCUACUUACUCCCUGGCACCAGGGCCACGUCAAGGAGCAGCCUGGACCUUGAACUCCAGAGGCUGGAAGUACAUCUUCAUUCAGAAGUGCCUCCCGUGCUCAGUAAUGACAUCGAGGAGUGAUGCAGAAGGUUUACUUUUUCUCUACAAAGGUGAUCUGGAUUACAAGCACUUUAAACAUUUUAAGAAGAUUGCUAGUCAGCAUUUUUCAGACUAAUACAGCACUGGUAUCCUCCAUCGUGCCCAUACAAUUGUAAAAUGACUGGAGACUUCAGGGCAUGUCUGUUU